UCGGCACACAGCUGGAUGUUGAUGUUGCAGUCUCACAGGAAACAGCUGGAUGGCUGCGCCUGUUCCAUCAAGUUUCUCUGAGUCAGGAAAAUGCGCAUCAGGUCUCCAUCUGCUGUUCACCGGAGGGGGGCGCUGUUGGGCUGCCGAUGAGCCGCUGAGCCAGCGGGGAGACCGGGGAGGAGGAGGAGGAGGAGUAACAGGACACCGAGUCACGGAGCGGCUGCUCGGUGGUCAGAGUGCAGCAGAACCCGGCGGCAGCUACAGCAGCGGGUCGCCGAGCAGAGUCACAGCGAGGAGCAGCAGCUGAGGAGCGGCGGAGCUGAGGCGGGGGCUCCGGUCCUCCCUGCCGGACUUUUACUGGUUUAAAGGCGCUUUUAUGCUCUGCCCCCGGCGCUCUGGGGCUCUCUGUGUGCGAAUAACGGAGUUCCCGUCAAAGUAGGAGAAGUGCCGUCAUCAGUCCGCCUGACAGCCGGCAGCAUGAAGAAGAACAGCUCCGGGAAGCGGGGUGCAUCCGAGUCAGCGCCGCAGAACGUUCCCCCUGAGAAGGUGGGCUGGAUCAGGAAGUUCUGUGGCAAGGGGAUCUUCAGAGAGAUCUGGAAGAACCGGUUUGUGGUUCUGAGAGGAGACCAGCUGUUCAUCUGCGAGAAGGAGGUGAAGGAGCUUGGGCGGGCUGACGAGGUGUUGGACCUGUCAGACUAUGAGCGCUGCGAGGAGAUCAGGAAGAACAAGAGUCGCAGCAAAAAGAACCACAGCAAGUUCAGACUGCAGCGCUGCAGCUCGCCAGGAAACACGGUUCCUAACCUGGUCUUCCUGGCCGUCAGUCCAGAGGAGAAAGAGUCCUGGAUCAACGUCCUGAAUGCCACCAUCACCAGAGCCAAGAACAGCAUUCUGGAUGAGGUGACAGUUGAAGACUCUCAGCUGUCUCAUCUGACUCGAGAUCGAGUGAAGAUCCCUCACAACCGUCGACUGCCAACCAGAGGUCACCUGUUGGCUGUGGCCUCCACCUCCUCCUCAGAUGGGAUGCUGACUCUGGACCUGAUCCAAGAGGAGGAUGCUGCACCCACUCAAGGAGCUAACUUGGAAAAAUCUGUGUCCCAUCUCAGUCCAGACUGUCCCAGGUCCAAAACAGAUGGCGCCCUCUCAGCUCGGAUGGCAGAGGCUUCUGGGAAAUCUCACAGCCUUCCCCGUGAGGUGACGGUGGUGUCGGAGCAGACCCCCCAGCCAGAAAAACGUCUCACAACAGCAGAGAAAAACCGCUGUGCCUCCAUGGACGAGAUCCUGACCCACUCGGAGACUAAAGCUGCUAAGAAUAAAAUGGCAGCAACAUCUCGUUCGUCAGCCUCAGUGCAGAAAAGCAUGACUGCGCCCCUCAACCAGCUGCAGGAGCUCAUCAGUCAGAAGCUGGAGAAGACAGAGCGGCUGCUAAAGGAGGUGCGGGGGGCGGCUGAGGGGGAGCGGGGAAAGGUGAAGUCGGGAAAGGAGUUGACUGAAUCAGAGAGACUCCUGAAAGAGGCAAAGGCGGCCUGGAUCCAAGCACAAGAGGUGCUGGAGGAGGUGAAGGAGCUGAGGGCAUUGUACCGACAACUGGACUCCACCUCCCCUGAUGCUUCUUCCAAAAGCUCCAAACUGAACCGGAAGAGUCUGAUGUGAUCUAUAUGGUACCAACAGAACAGCCCGGUCCAGAUGAACGUGACGCUGGUUUCUGUUUAAUGAACUUCAAAUGAUGAACUGGAUGAACCACUUUUAAACUGUUUAAAAUUCAGGUUUUAGUUGAAUUUAGGAACCAGGUCUUGAUCAAUACUGCAAUACAGAAGGUGUCUUCAAGAAAAAAUAAUGAGCAGCAUAAAUCCCUCACAAAUCUCCUAAUAUUUGCAGGUCCCCUCAAAGCCUUUUACCACCAAAACUUUAUUUAAACCAUGAAACGGGGGGUGUUCCUCAGAAGGUUCCUGAUUCCUGGCUUUUACCUUCUGCACUGUGGCUGGGUAACUGGUGAUUUUAGUCCCAUUCACACUGAACAUCACCUUCUCAGGUUUAUACCUCUAUAGGUUUACACAUCUGACACACUCGAGGACUCACCUGCUGCAGGCAGUGCCAGCAGAAACCAGAGGAUCAACCAUCCAGACUGAAAUGGCUGUCAGUACGUUGGUGCGUUGCUGCCUUUGAAUUAGUCUGAGUAGUUUUUCAGUUCUGGUUCUUUUAAAGGAAACUUACCUGACGCCUGUCGUCAGAGCAAUUGAAAAUGUGCCAAGAGGAGGAAACUGUGGAUAGCUGAUCUCAUUCCAGUCCACAGCCUUCACUGUGGAUCCGUUAUCUUCUACUUCAUGAUUUCUUUGAACUUCCUGAGAUGAACUUCCAGUUUGAUGCCUGAAACUUGAAGAGGGAACAGUCGACGGUACAAAUGUAGGAGGUCUUAUUGAAGCUGUUUACUGUGGAGGUCAGAGUUGGAGGAAUCCUCUGAAUGUGAUUGGUACGAAUCGAUCUUGCUGCUGAUCGUUUUUACUUCUCUGCGGGACCUUUAUAGAAAGCUGCCUCUCCAUCAGGGUCAUUUCUACCCCCAGAAGCCAGUCACAGCGAUCUGAUAACCGCAGUGAAGACAGAGGCUCUCUGGGAAUAAAUAACAUGACCUGGCUGUUUUCAGAGUUUGACCCAGAUCCAGGACAAGUAAAGAACCAGUUAAUGUGACUGGUUGUGGUCUAGAGCACUCCCUAAAGAGGUUUUCUGAGAAUUAAAGACAACUUUGCUGAGCAAUGUGGUGGAAAGCUCUGGAAAAAGCUGUUUUUUCCUCAAAGUUUACAUUUGUCAUGAAGGAAUUUAAAGUCAGGAAGUGAAGUUUUGUUUUUGGGUCCAUUUCAGUUUGUCUCCAACAGCUCUCACCCAUCUGGGCUCAGAAUCAGUGGCAUUUAAUUCAAGUUCAUCAGAAAUAAAGACAAACUGCUCAUUUUCUCACAUUUUAAAAGGUUAGAAUGAGUUCAAAUACACAGAAUCAUCCAACAGCAUGAUGGGACAUCUUCUCAGCAAGCAUCAUAGUUGGGUUUGAAAUCUUUGAAUACUGGUCCCAGAUCCACUUCAGGUCAGGUAGGAAAUUCUGGACCUUUUAAAACAGUCCGGUGAGGAUGAAGUGAUGCUAUGCACGCGGUGUGAAGAACCAGCAGCAGCUUCUGCUUCCCAAGCCGUCCACGUCAGUCUCUUCUUCUUCUCUGAAUGUGAAUGUUUUCCGAGACGCUCUGGAGGCGGCGAUGGACCCGCAGCCUUCGGUCUCAGCUGGAAACUCAGGUGUAAAUGUUUGUGAGGAACUGGACCAACUGUCCAAUCGUCAGAGAAACGUCGUCUACCUUUGGGUGAAAUCAGGUCCUGAGGUCUGUACUACAAAGCACGUUCAACACUCCAGGAUAUUGUUAUCUGGUUUUAAUAAAGCUAACAAUGACACUUAUGUGUUUGAUGAGUCACCCCUGAAUUUAGCUGUGUGUGUCCAUGGAAACAACCAAUCACAAACAUGGACGGCUGACAGUAUCUUGCUUCGUGGUACAGACCUGUGAACCUGCUCAGAUGGUUGAACAGAAACAAACUGGAUGAACUGUUUUAUUUUGGGGGCUUUUCUUAUAACAACGAUAACAAUCAGUAGGUUUCCUCAGAGAAAAGUUUUAUUUUUUUAAUAGAUUCAGACUUUUGUAUUGAACUGGAACAUGAUAGAGGCAAGAUGGGAGCAAUAAAUAAGUUGCAUUUUAUUUUUGUGUCUCAUAUUCAGCGCAUCAGUCAGAAGCAAGUGUGAAAAUUUGGAGGUUUCUGAUUGAGUUUAAUGAUCUGCGUUUGGUGGGUAGUUUCUUUAAAUGUCCCUGCAGUCGUUCGGGUCUUCCUGCUUUCGCUCUUUGAUCUUCCCGUGUCUUUUUAAUGGUUUGUACUUGUGCUAUUUCGACUUCUUUGCAGCAGCUGCUAUAGCCUUAAACCCAGAGGGGAUGAUGGGAGAUGUAGUCCGGAAAGGAUGUGAAGCGGGUGGUAAAGCUGUGAGUCUUGAUCAUUUCAUGUGCUAAAAUAAAACCUGCAAACUCAG